AUGAAGCGGAAGUCAGGUCAGCAGCUGAGUGCCCUCCCAAAGAAGCAGAAGCUAUGUGAGGCCGACAAAUCCCCUGCGCGUCAGGCGCGUGUGCUGGCCUCGUGUUAUCCAUCGGUGCUAAGUCUGAGGCAAUAUUUCAUCGCUCGCCUUCCCGUCAAGUCCUCUCGCAGGAAACGCUUCAAGACAUCAUUCGAUGGCGAUGUGGAUGCAAUCCUAGACAACUGGAAGGUCGGUGUGUUGGCUAAACCUGCGCCCGAGAUCAAACGUGCCAGAUCGACUGAGCUGGCAGCCUUCACCCAGACCCAAGCUCGGGGUACAGACAACCACACCGUCGGAACGCAGACGUGCUCUCUUGAUGAAGUCGUCAACUUCGCGAUAUGGUACUUAUUCAAUAAGGCUUCUACGAGUUUUACGCGACCACGUCAUUUGCUCUGUAGUGGUCUUCAAAGGGGUGUUGCCCCUGAUGGUGCUAACAUUGUUCCGGGCGUUGCACAGGUUCAUCCGAACGAUAACCUGCGUAUCCUCAAAUGUCCUUCCUGGUAUCACAUAUUUGCGGCUCUCGGCGCCAAUGGGGACGUCAUCCUCUCAAGCUUGCUAUUAGACUGUGGUCUGUUUUUGAAGCUCGAAUCGGGCAAGGACAACUACUAUCAAGUAAGUGGCAUCCCAAUCACGGACCUGGCCAGUCCACAUAAGCCAUCUGGCGUCAAUGCCGGCGACGGCAACCGACUCAUACGAUUCUCUCGUGCUGCCUCCGCCAUUCACUUUGUUCGAAGUCGCUUGCUUUACGCCAAACCCCCACUCAAUAAGAAGAGUCAGGUCCGCUUUGGCCUGAAGCAUAUUCAUGUUCUCCAGCGCUGCUCAAAUGUUGACGACAAACGCGAGACGAUACAUAUCUUGAAGUACAUCUUCCCAAGACAAUUCAGCCUUCACAACGUAUUCACGUCUCCUGUGGAUAAAAGGCAGACUUCGCAAGCCUUCCCUGACUAUAUCUAUCGCGAAGAUGAAAUUGCGGCGAGCACGAAGCAUCCGAAGCAGUGGCUUCCACGUCGACUUAGGGGGAACGUUUUGAGACUCAUCUCCCAAAUACGCAAGCGACAUAGCAGGUGUUCCUACAGCCAACUUCUUCGACAUUACUGUCCGCUGCAGCCUCGCAGCAAACUGACGGCAGAUGAGUCUCGGGCACGAGUUUCCCAGAAAUUCACUCUUUCGUCCGGACUUGUUUCUCAAAUCUCCUACAACGAACCAAAUUACUCAGGAGCUAGACGAAAUCCGCCGGGCCCUAAUCCAGAACAUUCUUUUCUAGCACACGCAACGGAUGCGGUCUCUGUCUCGGCGUUCUGCCGGGCUGUGCUGUGGGCCAUAUUACCGAGCAAAAGCUUCGGCGAAGGUGACGACGGGCGUCACAACUGGUCGCAUGUUCUACGACAAAUAGACAGUUUUGUCAAAAUGCGACGAUUCGAGCCUAUGAGCCUUCAUCAGAUCUGUCAAGGCUUGCGGCUCAAAUGCAUUACUUGGCUGGUGCCAGAGAGCAUGACUAUCGACACCAAAUUGUCGAGAUCAGAGCGUGACAAACGCUUAGAGAUCCUGCACGAGUUUUUGUACUACCUGUUUGACUCUCUACUCAUACCUCUAAUCCAGUCGAACUUCUACGUCACGGAGAGCGGACCACAACGAAAUCGUCUCUUCUUCUUUCGCCACGACGUCUGGAGAAAGAUGGCCGAACCUGGCUUUGCCAUGGUGCGCUCUGGCAUAUACCAGCAGUUGAAGCCCACAGAGGUGAGGCGACUCUUGAACUCAAGGACUCUGGGAUACAGCCACGUAAGACUACUUCCCAAGGAAGAAGGAACGCGGACCAUCACCAAUCUCAAGCGGCGCAUAACACGCACUGUCCAUGGCAAGAGGGUUCUCGGACCAAGCAUCAACGCUCAGUUGGCUCCUGUCUUUAGCACGUUGACGUACGAGAGGCUGCGAGAUCCAGGCCGUCUCGGGUCAGCCAUCUUUUCCGUUGGAGGAUUCUAUGAGAAGCUUAAACAGUUCAAGACCAGCGUUCAUUCUGGCGCGAGGCUCUACUUUGCGAAAGUGGAUGUGCAGUCAUGCUUCGACUCAAUACCGCAGGACAACCUCCUAUACAUGAUGCAGGCCGUCAUCCGGAGAUCGUCCUACCGGACGACCAAGUAUGCAGAAACAAAACCAGCACGUGGCGACCAGAUUCGACAUAGGUGGCUCAAUCUCGCACGGCCAGCAAGUGAAGAGCCCGUCUUCUCCAAGAAUUCGGCAGAAGACUUGGCCUCUGUCAAGGUCGGCAGAGUCUUCGCUGAUACCGGCUCACACAAAGUGUGGUCGCAUCAAGACUUGUUAGCACUACUUCGCGAGCAUGUACAGAACAACGUUGUCAAGAUUGGCAAGAAGCACUUGAGGCAGAAAGAAGGAAUUCCGCAGGGCUCGGUAUUGUCCAGCAUACUCUGCAGCUUCUUCUAUACAGCGUUUGAAAUCGAUCAGUUGAGCUUCAUCGAUGCUAGGAACAGCCUCCUCAUCCGGCUAAUUGACGACUUUCUACUGGUGACAACAGACAAGAAUAGUGCUCGCAUGUUCUUGGAAGUUAUGACAAGACCCCAUAGUGACUAUGGGAUUGCUGUCAAUCCUCAAAAGACGCUGGCCAACUUUGAGGUGGUUAUUGGAAGUCACAAGAUCCCACGACAUCAAAGCACCGACUGGUUCCCCUAUUGCGGCAUGACCAUUAAUACGACCAAUUUGCAAGUUGGUAAAGAUCGUCAACGCAAGGACUGUAUCAUCAACAACGGAUUGACCGUGGAUACAACCAGAAGAGGCGGAUCAACCUUUCAUCGCAAGGUGCGACUGUCCUUUGUACAGCAGAUGCACCGAAUGGUCCUAGAUGGAUCCCUUAAUAGCGCCGAGCAGAUUCUGUCGACCCUGCUGGAGGCUUACUCGGAGACGGUAAUGAAAAUGCAUUCGUAUAGCCGGUGCAUGCCGCAACACCAGCGGCCUAGCGAAGGCCAUAUCACUCAAAUUGCCAAGGAGCUGUUGAAGCUGGGCACAAACUACGUCAGCCGGCGGCAGCCAGGUGUCGGUGCUAGGCCUUCGGACAAGUUGACCAAGAAGCAAGUUGCGUGGGCAUUGUCGACAGCUUUUGAGGGUGUGCUCGGGCACAAGCAGUCCCAGUAUGGCACACUGCUCCGACACUUGAGAGCAGUCAAACAGAGCACCGAGGUUGGGAUGGGCAUGAGCCGCAAGACUCUCAGCAAAUUGAUUGAACGACGUAAUGUAGUGUUUAGAGACUAUGUGUAUUAG